UUCCAUCCUAGGAAACGCAAAUUCGGCUGUGUUAUGGUAUGGUGGAAGCAGGUGAAAGUGAAUGGCCUGUCCAUGCUAACGUGAUGGGGACCGACAGUAAAGUGGUCUCCGGUCAGUUUCAAACAGUCUCUCUGUCAGAGUCUCAGUUGGACUUCCCCGGACAGCCGUACUCCGUGUCCGUCCUCAAAGCCGGGUACUGUCUCCCUCAGCCCGGCGGCACGUUCAGAGCGGACGGGACCAUCACACUCAUAACCGGACACAGGACUAUUCUGGUGGACACCGGGGGCCCGUGGGACCGGGACUUUCUCCUAGCGACGCUGAAAGAGAGGGGUCUGGACCCGGGGGACAUUAACGUGGUCGUGGGGACUCACGGACAUUCAGACCACGUAGGAAACCUGAGUCUGUUCCCAGCAGCGAUGAUGAUAGUCGGGUAUGAUAUCAGCGAAGGAGACACAUACCGGCCCAACAAGCUAGCAGAGGGACAUGCCUACUGCGUUGACGAGCAUGUAUCUGUAGUUCCCAGUCCCGGACACACGGGACAAGACGUCAGCGUCCGGGUGACGGGAACCUCGGCGGGCACGGUACUUGUUGCUGGGGACUUAUUUGAGUCCUGCGCAGACGAGGACAGCUGGCGCGCCCUGAGUAUGAACACUGCGGCGCACGAGGUCAGUCGCCGGGAGGCGCUGCGCACCGCUGAUGUCAUCAUACCGGGACACGGACUCCCUUUCAGAGUCCUCAGGAACUGAUGAACCAACACAUCCAUAGGGCCUGUUCUGACCCGGUAUUACAGUCCGAUCGGAGUGAUCCGAUCCCAAGUGUGUGUGUGUGUGUGUGUGUUUUCACCUGUCUGUAGAAUGUGUCUCCAUGUGCCUCCUCAGUGACCACUUGGAUCGGAUCUUUCUUCCCUGCAAAUAAACACGUAUGUCAUUUCCGCUAGCA